AUGGUGCACGCCGUGAGGGCCCGAGGACCAGGCACCGGAGGGGUCGGUGAACACAGCGGACGCGCCCCGGGCACGGCUGGCACACGCAGCCCAGAGGACCUCGCAGAUUCCCCCGACGGGGCGGCCCGGCCCCGCGCGCUCGGUGGCGGCGACCGAACCUCUCUCCUGCGGACCCGUGGACCAAAGCGUACCCCUACCGGGCGCCGCGGGGACCAGCACUCGCCGGCCUUCUUCAGUGCGCCUCCCGGCCGCCAGGCGCGCCGUCCCGCCGCCUCGGCAGCGGCAGGGCUCGGCUGGGACACUGCCCCGACCGGAGCUCGCCGCCCUGCGCUCCGCCCCUCGGGGGACAGGACCUCCCGCGGGCGCUCCCCGCCGCGGACCCCGCGCCGCACGCGCACACACAAUGCCCGCGCGCGGCGGGGCGCGAUCUUCGCCUCCCCUCUGCUCGGGAAAGGGCGCCCGGGAAGGCGUGCGGCGUCCGGGUGGCAGAGGGCGCGGCGGCAGGUCCCGAUCCGCCUAGGGCGCGCAGGGACCGGCGGCGGGGCGUCGCCGGGCGUCGGGGAGGACGCGGGUCCGCGGCCGGAGGGUAUGGGAUAUGUAGCUGAUUCAGAUUGUCCACAGCGACCAACUGUUUGCCUUGUGCACUCUCUGAGAGGGGCUCUUUCCCUGCUGCAGAUAGUUUAAGUCUGAGGACUCUGGAGCCCCGAAAGAGAAGAGGGGCUCUGAGAAAGAAGAAGGCUGCUGCUCCCCUCCACUGCUCCUGGUUGCUGUUGUUACAGUUUAAUGAGAAAUUGGAGAUCUCCUGAAAUGAAGAUUGGACUUGCCCCAAAGAACCCAACAACCCUAACCAGCAGGAAAUAGCCAACGAGAGCUCCACCCUAACCUUCUUUCUCCUCCCUGGUGUUGGGGUGUUGGAAGGACUUGGGGUGGAGUAGGGAGAAAGGCACAAGAAACGCCAAUAAAAGAGUUUUA